GAAAAAAAAAUUCAUUACCGCCAUGCCCAGCAUUGUGACGGCCUUCUUCACAUGGCUCACAUCGAGAUCUUCACGUGUUAAACAUUGGGUUGCUUUCAUUAAUGUUGGCGUCUUUUUUUGUGCCUGAAUAUUAUCUUGCAGGAUGGACGUUGCAUGAACAAUUUAACCUAUUCGACCAUUUUUCGAUUUCACUCGUCGAUUUAAUGCUAGUGUGUAAAGAUAUGUGCAGAUUGUUUCAUCCAACAACAAAAUGUCCAUGUAGCAGCGUCCCUGCAUGGCAUCUGAUAAUGAUGAUUGACAACAUGUUUUCGAUGCAGUUUUCUAUUUUUGUUCGGUAUCGACAAACUGCUUUAAUUGGUUAUCCGCUGGCUUUUGCAUAAUUCUCAGUGUUGUCUAUCACUUUUUAAUUGGUUAGUAAUUUGGCUUUCUUAGCGCAUACAAGUUUACGCUUAACUACACCAUAAGAUCA